UUUUUAUUUUAGACUGAAUACCUGAGUAUUUGGUUUUUGAUCUAUGGUUAUAUUUUAAAAUAACAAAACAGGAUUGGUUAAAUAUAUUUACUAUUUAUUUCACACAGUGUUGUGUAGUUGACUAAUUUUGCAUGUUACUUUGAGAGGACACGACUACAUUAAAGUAGCUUUAAACUCUUUCACUUUCGAAUUCUUCAUUGCGUAUGAGGAAAUUAUCAUUGACGCUUUGUCCGUCGCCUUCGUCAUUUUGGAAAAUUUAACACCUAAACUGCAGAAUAUAAUUAAAUUAUAGUUUAUCCACUUUAAUGCACAAUGGCUCUUUUCGAUGUAGCUGGUUUUAAGCCUUAUGCUGAGCUCCGCGGGCAGAUCCUCCCAGCAGGACAGACGCAUCUCGUCGACCGAACCAAUCACUAUGACUUCGGGACAAAAACUCAAGAAUUUGCUGUUCCUCGGGGUGUCGACCCCUCCGGGUUUCUUAAGUCCUGCAACCGUGACGGAGGCGUGUGUAUAGACCUGAACCAUGGUACGACCACCCUGGCCUUCAAGUUCAGACAUGGAGUCAUCGUGGCUGUGGACUCCAGAGCCUCAGCUGGCCGUUACCUAGCAUCCAAUGAUGUCAACAAGGUCAUAGAGAUCAACCCGUACCUGCUGGGCACCAUGUCGGGCAGCGCUGCCGACUGCCAGUACUGGGAGAGACUACUGGCCAAAGAAUGCAGAGCAGUUCAGAUGCACAUUGAAAAAAGUUGUGCAAACGCUCUAAACCAGCGUGGUGAUGGUAAAUCUCAGUUGAAUGACAGUUUUUGCAGUUUAAUGGACCAAGGAAGGACACAUAAAGGAAGUGGGACACGCUCAGGCAAACUCUCGCUGGAUUAUUGUGUGGAGGAGGGCGACAUCUACCUGUAG